AUGAAACCCAAUAUCGAGGUUAAACCUGUGAUUGAUGUGAAAACAAUUAGAGCAGUCGGUGGUAAAGGGGGAGAUGGCUGUAUAUCUUUGUUGAGACUUUGGAAAAAUGAUCAUGCUGGUCCUGAUGGUGGAGAUGGAGGUAAUGGAGGCCAUGUAUUAAUUGAGGCUUCUACUUGUACAAAUAGUUUAAAUCACUUAAAUCCUAUUCUGAAAGGAGAAAAUGGUGAAAAAGGGUUCAACAAGGAUUGUAAUGGUAAAAACGCCCAACACACUAUUGUAAAGGUCCCUGUUGGAACAGUAGUAAAGUGUGAUUCUAAAGUAGUGGGUGACCUUAGUGAAGAAGGUUCAAUGUUUAUCCUAGCCAGAGGCGGAGCUGGAGGCAGAGGAAAUAAAUUUUUUGCUUCUGAUGUGAAGCAGACUCCUCUUGUUGCUGAAUAUGGAGCUAAUGGAGAAGAUAGACGCUACACAUUAGAACUUAAAUCUAAAUUAGUGGCUAUGGCAUUAUCUCCCCAAGAAGAAGAGGAAAUUGAUAGCAGUGAGUGUGAUGUGGUAUCAAGUGAUGAUUCGAUAACGGAUAAAGAUUAUUUACCUCAUCAAAUGCAUCUGAAACAGAGGUUGAGAAGAAAUGUGAAACGGACUUUGCUUAUCCACAAGUGCCUAAUGGCCCCCGCCCAAGGAGUAGGACUACCUAAUGCUGGUAAAAGCACAUUAUUACAAGCAAUAUCUCGGGCAAAACCAAAAGUUGCGUCUUAUCCCUUUACUACAUUGCAACCACAUUUAGGAAUGGUCCAUUAUAGCGACUAUGAGCAAAUAUCAGUUGCUGAUUUACCAGGUUUAAUAGAAGAUUCACAUCUUGGAAAAGGAUUAGGAAAGCAUUGAAAAUAUCAUAAAGGAAGUUGGAACUGAUAAAGUAAUUAAAUUAUCUGCUAAAUAUGGUCUCAAUCUAUCAGAAUUUCUGAACAAGUUACGAACCAUCUAUGAAGAAAACUUCCUUAAUGAUUGAUAUCUAUUGUUUUGUUUUUGAAACUUAAAAGUGUACAUAUAUUUCUAAUAAACUUAUUUUACUUUAAUAAAAGUAUUCUCCAUUGACAUUACCUUAUUCCUAGGGUUCCUUUUUUUAUUGGUGAAUGUGACUUUUAUUUGUUCAAUUUAUUAUUUAAUUCAUG